GAAAGUAUCACAAAAAUGUACAAAGUAUCAACCAUGAGACGAAUAUUUGAUCUGACAAAGCUUCGAGCCAAAAGAUCAGCAUUUUUCACAACUGGGGUUAAAAUCUGCCCUCAGGAAUCCAUGAAACAGAUUCUAGCCAGUCUUCAAGCUUAUUAUAGAUUAAGAGUGUGUCAGGAAGUAGUGUGGGAAGCAUUUCGUAUCUUUCUGGAUCGUAUCCCUGAAACAAGGGAAUACCAAGACUGGGUCAGCAUCUGCCAAAAAGAGACCUUCUGCCUCUUUGACAUAGGGAAAAAUUUCAGCAACUCCCAGGAGCAUUUGGAUCUUCUUCAGCAGAGAAUAAAGCAGAGAAACUUCCCAGAGAGAAAAGAUGAAGUGUCUGCACAAGACCCUCAAGGGAAGCCAGGUGAAACUCCCAUGUCUUCUACAGAUGUUGCCAAUGUCUCACUCCAGCCCAUCCCUCUCCAUCCUGAUGACACUCUCUUCAAUAACACGAAGACACCUAUCAUAGAAGCAGAAGCAGAAUUCACUGCUGUGUCUGAAGACCCGACAGAGCAGAAGGUAGAACUAAGCAUCUCUCUCACAAACCAGAAGUUCGAGGCUGAGCUCACUGACCCCCAUUCCUUGUAUUACCAGGAGCUGGCAGCGAAGUCUCAACUGCAGAUGCAAAAGGUAUUUAAGAAACUUCCUGGAUUCAAAGAAACCCAAGUGUUAGGAUUUAGACCAAAGAAAGAAAGAGAUGGUUCAAAUUCCAUAGAGAUGCGACUGAUGGUCAUCUUUACUAGAGAGACUGCAAACAAAAAAUACCCUGCAAGUGACCUCUUGCCUUUUGAUUCCAACCAAAUUGAAAGUGAAGAACUCCCUGAUGAGAUGAUGGAGGAGGACAAACAGCCAGAAAUCUUUCUCACAGCACUGGACCUCAAAAAGCUGAUCAGCAAGGCAUUGGAGGAAGAUCAGUCCUUGAACACGGGGAGAGUUCAGUUCACUGAUGAUAUUGUUGGGUUAUUGCCAGACUCAGAACCUGACAAACAAUUAGCACUACCUACACUUCUUGUUGACAUCAUGGAGGAUGCAACUUUGAGUUCAGAACUUUCCCUUGGUCAUCCCAGGCUUGACACAGUGGACAGAGCAGGACACAGUCUACCUGUCAGUCCUUGGUCAUCACCUGCUUUGGACUCAACUACCCUUCCUGGAAGUCUGCCUUUCUUUGCUUCAACUAGUGUCUUCUCCCUGACUCCUCAAAAUGCCACAGACCACUUGUCCAUUGACCAGACAGUAGUGAUCCCAGUGUCAAUGACCUCAACUGGUGAUUAUUCUGCAAGCGGUCAACCAGUUCUAGAAAUUUCCCAUUGGCCCUCGCCUUCAGAAGACAGCAGUUCGAGUUCAGACGGUCAAUAUAUGCUUGGAGUGGAUGUAGUGAGCAAGUCUGCCACAUUGGAGGUACCAGGACUCAGUGACGAUCUUUCUACUCCAGAAGAUUCUUCAGAGAAAACCACUCCCAUGCCAGCUCCCGAGUACAUCACUACUAGCUCUAUGACCACCGUGGCCAAGGGCCAAGAGCUAGUGGUGUUCUUCAGUCUGAGGGUCACUAACAUGCCCUUUUCCAACAACUUGUUCAACAAGAGCUCACUAGAGUACCAAUUGUUGGAGCUACAAUUCACACAGCUGCUGGUUCCCUAUCUACAAUCCAAUCUUACAGGAUUUAAGCAACUUGAAAUACUUAGUUUCACAAAUGGGAGUGUGAUCGUGAAUAGCAAAGUGAGGUUUGCGAACACAGUACCAUAUAACCUCACCAAGGCCGUGCAGGAAGUCUUGGAGGAUUUUCGUUCUGCUGCAGCCCAACAACUUGAUCUGAAAAUAGACAGCACCUCUCUCAACAUUGAACCAGCUGAUCAGGCAAACCCCUGCAAAUUCCUGGCCUGUGGUGAAUUUGCUCAGUGUGUAAAAAAUGAGCGGACCCAGGAAGCAGAGUGUCACUGCAGACCAGGGCACGCCAGCCAGGAGCACUUGGACUACCUCUGCAUUCCUGGUGAGAAGUGUGAGACUCGUCAGGGAAAGAAAACUUUGUGCAGGUCACCAGGUCAUUCUAAAAAUCAAGUCUAUGAAACCAGUGUUACAAAGUCUCAACGUGAGCAAACUAACAAGGGAACCAGGAAAAAAAAUUUUAAGGUACUGACUAUAGGAGAUGAAGAAUUUAACCACCACGAUAGGGAAGGAAAUUAAAAGCUGAUUUAAUGCCAAGAUUAUCUUUUGCUGUAUUUCAAGAGAGAUGGUUUGCUUUGUCAAAGAAAAUUGUCUCCACUCAAACUUCUGAAAACCUAGGCAAGAACAGUCACUAGUCACUGAAACCCAGGGAUACAGUCAACCUUCAGAACCAGCACACACCACAUCUCAAACAGAAAAGAUCUGUGAGCUUGAUUCAGAAUUUGUAUACAUAAAUUCUAAAAAAAAAAAAAAUGCUCAGUAAAACACUGGUAAGUCAGGUUCGCUUCCAGUUGUUUAAAUAUUGGUCACAGACCAUUUAUAAGUGCAACUUACUCAGCUGCUCAGGGGAAGGUGAAAUUACAUGAAGAAGCUAGACUGUACAUAGAAGACACCUGUCCAGGAGAAGAAAUGCAGGUUUCUAAAUGCUGAAUGAAUACAGUACAGAAACGUUUACAGUGAGUACGUCUAUGCACUAUCCAUCGCUGUCAAUAGACACACCGGCAGUUCGUAGGCUCUCUAGUUUUAUAAGUAAUAUUUGUUGAUUUGCAAAGACCUGAGUUCGAGCCUCCGCC